AUGUUGACGUCUGCGGCUUUUCUACUCUGCCCGCUCGCUGCCACUGCCUUGCAGUACCCUUUAACACACUCACAGCCAUCGUUCGAAUCACCAGGUCGCCAGCAGAUGCAGAAGAGAUUAAAUGAAAUUCUGCCCAAGAUCGAGAUCCUCCGUCAAACUGGGGGAACGGCUGGCAUCUCUGUCGGCGUCAUCAGCCAUGGAGACGUCGUCCUGGAGCACUUUUUUGGAUUCGCAGACGUGCACCAGCGUCUGGCAGCAAAUUCCAGCACUCGAUACCCCAUCGCCUCACUGACAAAAGCGUUCGUCGCUACUACAAUCGCCCAGCUUGUCGACGAGGGCAGCCUGCGAUGGGACGAGCCCUUGACGACUUACAUCCCAGAGCUCAAUUUUCAUGCGGACCCAUCACUCGCGGCCCGUCUCACGCUGAUCGAUCUGCUUUCCCACAAUACUGGGCUCCUACGGCUCGACGCACUCUGGCUCGGUGCGAGUAGUCAGACUGUGAUCUCGAAAGAGUUCACUGUUGCUGUGUGCAAUCACUUGGCACCUGUGUAUCCGCUGCGGUCGAAAUGGCUAUACAACAAUUGGAUGUAUGCGCUUGCGGGUGAAGUGGUGGAGCGCGUGACGGGCAAAUCCUUUGGUCGAGCGCUUGCCAGCCACGUUCUCGAGAAAGUUGGCCUCACGCAGACUACGGUUAUUGAAUCUGAAGUCCCCCCUGAUUCAACCGCAGUGCCAUACAUGACCCUAGAUGACAAGACGCCAGUACGGGUUCCAAAAUCGGAACUCACCGACGGAACCUUUAUGGCGUCAGCUGGAGGCGUUCGAAGUACCGUCCACGACAUGUUGAUUUGGGGUAAUGCUCUUCUUUCAGUUUUCCGUGACGAACAAUCGCCACUGAAAGGGCUCGAUACCGUUCUAUCCGGCCACAGUUUUAUAAACAAAACGUUUUUAUCUGAUGAGCUCUACGCAUUGGGCUUCUCGAAAGCCACUACUCCCACACAGCUUGGCAAGGUCGGGUUUAACCCAGGCCUUGUCGAUGGCAUGCCGGUACUAGGAACCAAAUCUAAUCGGGAAACCGUCUUUUACCACAGUGGUGGAGGGACCGGUUAUAAUCAUUGCUUUAUGCUUGUGCCCGGCUCUCAAACUGCCAUUGUUGUUCUAACCAACGCAAUUUCGCACGGGGACAUUGCGGACUGGGUCGCCCAAACCCUCCUCCAAACCGUGUUAAACAUAGACUCUCCCGUGGACCUGGUGCCAUUUGCCGAACAAGCAGCCUCCAAUUGGAGAGCAUUAUAUCCGAAAAUGGUUGAAACACUUGAGCAAGGACGGACGCCAGAUACUCGCGAGCCUCCGCAUCAGGAGCUACUUGGGAAAUUCUACCAUCCGACGCAAGCGCUGUAUCUUGAGGUCUCUAUCGCAGAUGGCGCACUAAGAUUUAGCAUCAAUGGCAGAUCCGAACAAGAACAUAAGUUGUCGCAUUAUCACUAUGAUAGCUUCAUCUUCCUGCCAUCGGACGACGAACGCGUUCGUCGUGGGUUGGUUCACUACAGCGCCGCGGCUUGGCUGCUGCACUUUAAGAGGGAUUCUACAGGACAAGUUACGCAUAUUGUCUGGAAUCUGGAUGGUCAAGCUCCCGGCGGAGAAACCUUUUCUAAAGCGAAGGCGUAG